UAUUGUUAAAUUUGACACCGAAUUGAAGAUGGUGAGGUUACCUUGAAAUUGGGGCCUUCAUACGAAGUUAGGCACUUUGAAGGCUGUCGAACGAGUAACAAUGAUCUUCUCAAGGUGUGUCUUUAUUUUGAUCGUUUGCUUGUUGUUCAACCCGGCUGUUGGAAAACCAGGAUACCGUCGUGAAAACGAAAAUUGUGUAUUGCCUGUGUCUGAGAAAGUCAAUUAUAAUAUGCUUCCUGAUUCUUGGUAUCAAAUUCUAAACACCAAUGAUCCAGUUGAACGCAAUGUGCCAUGUUAUGUGAUCAAAUAUUUCAAAGAAACUGCCGACGGAAUUUUUGCUGAAUUCCAGGGUAUUUCAUCAGUGGAAAAAGGUACAAUGUCACUUAACGAAAUCAUACCAUUCCGUUGGUAUGACAAUGGAACUUCAAUCACCAGACGCGACCCAAAUUUUGAAUUUUUGUGGUUUAUUGGGGAAAACCUAACGGAGCAGGUGAACAUGCUUUGGAAGAGAUUCAUUACAUUAACGAGCAUCCGAUGAGUUGCUUCACAGAUUAUGAGCAUUAUUACAUGUGCUUGCAGUGUGGUGGAGAAGGUCCACAGUAUAUAUGGGUACAUAGUCGUAAUCCACAUCCCACUGCAGAAGACAUUCUACGAGUUCACAACAAGCUUGUUACAAUCGGUGGUGGCUGGAGCGCAGUUCCCUUGUACUUAUCCGGCUGUC